ACCAAGUAUUUUGAACUAUUGGUAUGAGUUCAUCUAUUUUAGUUUGAAUCCAUUUCCAAAUCCAAGAAAAGCUGGAAGCUAUUUUUCAGAGUAAUCAAUAAAAUGUUAAUAAUCUAAUUCAUAAUAAUCCUUGUAUAAUGGACCAAGAGAGCUCAUAUGACACUCAUAAAACAGAUGCUUCUUUAGCACAGGAAAGUUCUAUUAAUGAUUCAUUUGCCACUCCUGAAGCAAGAUUUGAGUGUCCUAUUUGUUUGGCAUGGCUGAGAGACCCUGUUUUAACUUCUUGUGGACAUCGCUUUUGCAGAAGCUGCAUUUAUUCAUGGCUGGAAAAAGAAAAGGCCUGCCCUGUUGAUAAUAUGAAGUUGGAUAUUGCAGCUGAUAUUUUUCCUGAUAAUUUUACUAGGCGUGAGAUAUCUCAACAGAAAAUAAAAUGUCCUAAUAUUAUUCGAGGCUGUUUGAAAGAUCUGUCUCCAUUGGAUGUCGAAUCUCAUUUGUUGGUGUGUGAAUUUAGGCCACCUUCAUUGCCUGAGAGUGAAAAACUACAGUGCACUUUUGUAAAUGUUGAUUGCAGAGAUAAGUUUGAAGAUGAACUGGAAUUAGAAAGGCAUUUAGAACAAAAUGUGCCCAAGCACUUAACAUUACUUUCACAAGCUUACGCAAAUAUGACUGCUAGUCAAAAUGCUAGUGCAAGUACAUCUGUGAUUCCGCAAACCAAUUUUUGGGAUCCUCCCUCGAAAAAUGAGUCAACUAGUCAGAGCUUGGAUGAUGAUAGGAUAAGCAGUUUGUUAAAAGCUCUAUAUGAAAAGAUUGUGAUGUUGGAACAAAAGACCCGAGAACAGGAUAUUAUAAUUGCAAAUAUGUCACAACAAAUUUCAUCAUAUAACCUUACAGUCACAAAGUUUCAGCAGCGUUAUUGUAAUGGCUGUUAUAUUUGGUAUUUUAAUGAUUUUAAAACUAAAAUCAGUACUAUGAGGGAAAAUCCUGGAAUUUUUCAUUAUAGCCCAGGAUUUUAUACUUCUGCUUAUGGAUACAAGUUAGGAAUUAGGUUAAACUUGUCUCCUAAAGAUGUAAACUAUCUGGCCAUUAUAGUUCAUUUCAUGAAAUCUGAACAUGACAAUGCUUUAGACUGGCCAUUUUGUGGAAGAUUAUCCAUAGAAAUUGUUCAUCCUACCCAAUCUUUUCGCAAUAUUAAAGAGACAAUGAUGACCCGUCCUGAAUUAGCCGCAUUCAAUCGUCCAGUCCAAGACAUGAAUCCUAAAGGUUUUGGUUAUACAGAGUUUGUUUUGGUGGAGGAAUUAUUUGAACAAGAUUUCAUUGUUAAUAAUCAACUUAUUAUAAAAGUAAGGGCUCAAGCCGUCUAGCAGUGUUGCUAUACUUGUGUACUCAUUCCAUUUUUAUAUUGUACAGUUAUUGUUGUAUUGUUAUUGGUUACUUAUUAUUAUAUGCGCCAAAACUGUAGUAUUAUUAUUAAUAAAUUAUUUUUAACCAUU